UCUUUUGACAAAAGGAUGAAGUCUCUAUCUGUCAGGGAAGCCGAGAUAUUGCAAAAUAAAAAAGGUCUUCAACUUUUGAACAGCACUUUUUAUAUAAAAAUUAACCCGGUCCUGAAAGGGUUAAUAAUCCAAAACGAGUAUAUAAAGCUCCACUUCUUUUCUUUUCUCUUUUAUUUGUGUUCUUUUUCUUUUCUCGUACGGGAAUGAUGUUUGCUGUCUGUGCACUUACACACACGCACAAAACGCUCAUUAAUAUGAAUGAAAUCGAAAGAAGAAAAAAAAAGAAUCAAAACCACACAGUUAAUUUCUUGAAGAGGAAAAGAUGGAGAGAAAAAUUCACACACUUUUCAUAUGCAAAAUGCGAUGAAGCUUAUUUCAUGGAAUAGAGUAAAAAGUACUUUUUUCUGAGUAUGCGUAUGUAUGUGUGUUCUAUUCUGUCAAGGUCGAGAGUAUGUUUUCUUUCUUUCUUCGUUUGUGGUUUCUUUUAUUGGUAUAUAUAUAUAUAUAUAUACACGAAGAUAUGUAUAGAAGAGCGACAUACGGCCAAAUAUUUUUUUGAAAUACAAUAAACAUAUGGCAAAUUUUUUCCUUCUAAAAGAAUCUGUUGAGUGAGACAUAACGACAUUUUUUUUCCGUAAGUUUUGAGUUGUUCUAGACGCAAAUAGAAAAAAAAAGAAGCAAUUCUACAAGAAAUAAUAUUUAAAGUGUUAUGAAAGACAAUUUUAUACAUUGUUGUUAACAAAUGAACACCGAGAAAAUGUUCAGUGCAUAAAAUUAUUGAUUUUUGUCUGACUACUUGUUUUUGUUGUUUUAUUUGUUACAGUUUUGUUCAUGAAUUGUUUUUUACACUGUCUUCCAUUAUCUCUAUUUUGUUGAUACACCUUUUCUUCUAGUUAUUCAAAGUCAAAUUCUGCAACAUUUAUAUCAACUAUUAAGAAUCUUAGAACUCUUGUCACUUCCUGUUUAAAACACAUACAAUGAAAAAAUUCUCUCUUCCGCUCGAAGAAUGAGUCUGUUAUUUCUAGUCAAGUUUUUGAAAAUCCAGAAUAACAUUCUCUUUUAUCAACAACUGUACAUCAAAAAUUUUAAUUUCUUUAUUUUUAAAUGUUCAGUCGUUUUUAUUCUGUUUCAUUUUAGUGCAAUUCGAGCAUUUCAACAAGUAUUAUAUACCGAUUCAAAUUUUCCACGUCGUGCUGAAGUUCAUAUUCGUCUCGGUUUUAUUUAUAAACAAUUACUUGAUUAUAAAUCGAGUUUAAAACAUUUUUUACGUUCAUAUAAUGAUUCAACAUUAGCUAAUGGUUGUACGUUAAGUAGACAAGAAAUUUUAUUUAUUAUUGGACGUUUGUAUGAAAUACAAGGUUAUCUACAGCAAGCAUAUGAUACAUAUGAAAAAUUAAUAUCAACAUUUGCUCCUCCUGAGCAGACAGUAUCAUCUCCAAACGGUGAACAACGAAACGAUCAUAAGUUAGAAGCAAAAGUAUUAAGACAGUUAGGUUGGCUUUAUUAUUAUAGUGGAGAUUUACAAACAGGACAAGAUAAAGAACAACGUUUGAAAAAAGCAAUUCAUUCAUUAGAAACAUCUAUUAAAUACGAUAAUACAUGUGGAAUAUCAUUUUAUUAUUUGGGACGAUGUUAUGCAGCAUGUAAAAAACAUACGGAAGCCUUUUUUACCUAUAGAAAUUGUGUUGAUAAAUUAGAUCAAAAUGCUGACGUUUGGUGUUCAAUCGGGUACGAGUUAUAA